AUGAUAAGGGCAUCCCAAGUUUUAUUCAACAAUUGCCCAGUAGAAGAUCAGGUGGUAAAUAAUUCAGGAGCGUUUCCAUAUGCCUACACUAUCCCCGAGAUAACAGCCAACGUGAAUUCCUCUGGCGUUGCAGCAUCGGUCACACUAACUUCAUCACCGCCAUUUAUUCCAGGUGUCGUUGCGAAUUUUCCAAUUAAUACAGCUCAAGUUCUUCCAUAUACGGCAACCGCUCCUGGCGAAGAUAAUGCAAUUUGCUCAUUUACUCUCUACGUAUAUGAUACGGGAGUUCCAACUUAUCCUAGUUGCCCAGAAAAUCCUUUAAUUUUCAAUACGAGUAACUCUGACCAGGCCACCGCUACCUGGGACACACCUAUUCCGACGGACAAUAGUGCUGAUGAUAUAUCAGAGUCAAUGCAGACAUUUCCGGAUGAAACAUCCGGUGCUAUGUUUCCAAUUGGGGACAGUAUGCUCACAUACUCUGCGACGGAUGGGAGUGGGAACACUGGUUACUGUUAUAUAACUAUUCGAGUAUUAGAUACUGGAGAUCCUGUUGUAUAUUCCUAUCCUGAAAACAUGACAGCCAAUACUGAUUUUGGUCAGCCUACUGCUGUUGUCAAUUGGACAGCUCCAAAUGCAACAGAUAAUUCUGGAAUUGUUCUAUUUUCUUAUGAAACAAAUGGAACUUCAUUUAAUAGCCCAUCUUACAACUUCCCCAUAGGCCUCAGCGAAGUAGCAGUAACUGUUGCAGACCCAUCUGGAAACAAUGUGACAGGCGAAUUUUACAUUACAGUUCAAGGUAUUUUAUAG